AUGUUGGCAAAUGUAAAAAUACAGGACUUUUUACUUCCGAGUCUGCUGGGAGUAGAUAGAUUUUUGCUCAUGCGGGUCCAAAAGACGGUGAUAGCCACCGCCCAUAACAUAACGUACCUGGAGGUACCGCAAUAUGGUGACCCCCGGAGGGACGCGUACCUCGCUUGCCACUACGUCAAGGAGAGAGGGGAUCCAGCCCUCCACUCCGUGAAAUGGUACCGCGAUAACAACGAAAUCUUUCGAUACAUGCCUGGGCAACAGCCUUCAACAAGAACCUUUAACACAACCGGUGGCGUUACCAGGGGUACGUGUGACGAGAACAAGUGCUCAAUAAGUGUGGCUCUGCCGAAGCGGUUUAACACCAGGAUAUCAUUCACAUGUGAAGUAUCGACAGAAGGGCCUAGGUUUGAAGUUGUGAAUCAGACAAAAUAUUUAACGGUGGCUGUGACGUUAAAAGAAGACCCAGUGAUAUCGGGGCUACCAGGGAGCGUGCAAGUUGGAGAGGAUGUACUUCUGAAUUGCUCGACAGGACCAGCUAUGCCUCCAGCAAACAUUAUUUGGUAUAUCGAUGGAAGGCCAGAGAAGAUGGAGCAAUGGAUGUCAAUGAACGACCACACCGAAGUGUCAACGGCGGAUGACUACGGACUACGAUCUAGUUGGAGGCCACUUCGCUUUCGAGUGACCACCGUGAGGGCCGCAAUAAGUCUCACGUGUGAGGCUACGCAGCCCACACGGCCCUCGUUUACGCGAUCAACCAAUCUGACCCUCGCAGUGGCUCGAUCACCACAUCUAUCUAUGUUUACUGCAUCAGGUUCGAAUCCCAGCUCAUUCACAGCAGCCACAGUAGUUGCCAGUAUGUUAGUGCAUACGUUAUCUAAAUACAGUGCCUUGAGUGAUAAAUAA